GGGGCCUGACGGGAUUGUGGCGGUCCUCUCUUUCAACUCGGAAGCUGCCGCUGCCUCCGGAUGCUUUCAAGAUGGCGACUUCUCUGGGUUCCAACACCUACAACAGGCAGAACUGGGAGGAUGCGGACUUCCCCAUUCUGUGCCAGACGUGUCUUGGAGAAAACCCAUACAUCCGAAUGACCAAAGAAAAGUACGGGAAGGAAUGCAAAAUCUGUGCCAGGCCAUUCACAGUGUUUCGCUGGUGCCCCGGGGUCCGCAUGCGUUUCAAGAAGACUGAAGUGUGCCAAACCUGUAGUAAAUUGAAGAAUGUCUGUCAGACCUGCCUCUUGGAUCUAGAGUAUGGCCUGCCCAUCCAGGUUCGUGAUGCAGGGUUGUCUUUUAAGGAUGAUAUGCCAAAGUCAGAUGUCAACAAAGAGUAUUACACACAGAAUAUGGAGAGGGAGAUUUCUAACUCAGAUGGAACACGGCCAGUUGGCAUGCUGGGGAAAGCCACAUCCACCAGUGACAUGCUGCUCAAACUGGCCCGGACCACACCCUACUACAAAAGGAAUCGACCCCACAUUUGCUCCUUCUGGGUGAAAGGGGAAUGUAAGAGAGGAGAGGAGUGUCCAUAUAGGCAUGAGAAGCCUACAGAUCCAGAUGACCCGCUUGCUGAUCAGAACAUUAAAGAUCGAUAUUAUGGAAUCAAUGACCCUGUGGCAGAUAAGCUUCUAAAGCGGGCUUCAACAAUGCCUCGUCUGGACCCGCCAGAAGACAAGACUAUCACCACAUUAUAUGUUGGUGGUCUAGGCGAUACCAUUACUGAGACAGACCUAAGAAAUCAUUUCUACCAGUUUGGAGAGAUCCGGACGAUCACCGUUGUGCAGAGACAGCAGUGUGCUUUCAUCCAGUUUGCCACAAGGCAGGCCGCAGAAGUGGCAGCGGAGAAGUCCUUUAAUAAGCUGAUCGUCAAUGGCCGUAGACUUAAUGUGAAAUGGGGACGGUCCCAAGCAGCUCGAGGAAAAGAAAAAGAGAAGGACGGAACCACAGACUCUGGCAUCAAGCUAGAGCCUGUUCCAGGCCUGCCAGGAGCUCUUCCUCCUCCUCCUGCAGCAGAAGAAGAAGCCUCUGCCAACUACUUCAACCUACCCCCCAGUGGCCCUCCAGCUGUGGUGAACAUCGCCCUGCCGCCACCCCCUGGAAUUGCACCGCCCCCACCCCCAGGUUUUGGGCCACAUAUGUUCCACCCAAUGGGACCACCUCCUCCUUUCAUGAGGGCUCCAGGACCAAUCCACUAUCCUUCUCAGGACCCUCAGAGAAUGGGAGCUCAUGCUGGGAAACACAGCAGCCCCUAGCACAUUCUCACCAUCUGGGGCUCUACAGAAGACAGGGCGCUUAAAAAUCCUAGUAAAAGAAUCUCGGAAUAAAUAUAUUUUUCCUUCCUUUGUAGUUUCCAUGGUAGCUGAAUGUGUUCAGAUGUGGGCAGAGAAUGACAGCCAUGCUUUGAUUGAUGGACCUCAAAUAAGCUGCCAUUAACACAUCUGGUUACUACUAUAACAUUACUAAUAAAACUUAAUGCCUGUUCCUCUUACUUCUAGGGGGAGCAAGCAAUGGGGGGAAUUGGAAUGUCCAACGGAAUUACCAUCCCAAUUAUAUGUUCAUUUUCUGUUAUGUUUGGGAGGGGGGAAAAUUAACCUGCGGUAAAAAUCGUUUGACCAUUUUUAUGUCCAUUGGGUAUUUUCUUUUCUGUCAUCUAAAAGAAAAGAUUACUAGUACUAAUCAUUGUAGUGGCAUGAGUGUGACGUAACACUUCUGAAGUCACACCCUGGGAAAGACAGGUGGAAUCCAGCAGCCAGCACAGCCCAGGUCUCUUCUCACCUCUCCGUCCUUCAUUGAUCACUAAAGGAAUCAAUCUGGCUGAUCAUUUACGUCUCUACGCUCCAAAAAAAAAGACAGAUAAAAAUUACUUUGUAUUUCUAUCAAUUGGAUGGAAACAUUCAUGAAGCUGUACCGUUGAAGAAACCUGGUGUCUGAGAUGGAAUUAUUUUACAAGAACUUCCUAUAAAACACUUUAACAGACUGAAACGAAAAGCGUUGGAGUGUGUGUGAAUGGAAGACUCGUGACCCUCAGCUGGACCUUGGAUCUUCAGCAUUCACCUUCGUGUGUCUCUUCAUUCCCCGCUUCUGGGCAGGGAGCUCUGUUUGGUCUUAGGGUUUGGCUAUCACUGAAUUGUAGAUGGCAAAAAUAAUUUGAUGUUGUGUUGUGUUUUUUGUUUUUAAAAAAUUAAAACGGGUCAAUUUU